CCGGAACUCCGCUCAAGGUUCCGACGUGGCCCGGGUGCCUUUGGACCAGCGAUCGUUAAGAUAUCCUAGCCCAGAGGGAUGGAGAGUGCAUCAUCCGUGUAGACUCAUGAGCCACCCUCGUGUGGUGGUGGCAUUGAGGAGAGGCGUGUUCAGACAUACCACCAGCCUCCCAGAUGGCAGCCGUCGACAUGUCCCAUGGACUCUGUGAGCUUUGAAGAUGUGGCUGUUGAUUUCACCCAGGAGGAGUGGACUUUACUGGACUCAGCUCAGAGAGACCUGUACAGAGAUGUGAUGCUGGAGACCUGUGAGAACCUGGCUUCCAUAGGAAGUGACCUGCUCAACCACAAUGUGAUAUGUUGUCUGGAGGGAGAGGAAGAACUGAGGACAGUGCAGGGGAGAGUUCUCGAAGAAUGGCGACUUAAAACCAGAGGAUCAACGCAUUGGCCAGAUGUUUUUUGGUUUAAACCAUCAAAUGGGAUUCAAACGGCAAAAAGCCACAGUGGAGGGGAACUCUGUGACCACAAGCAGUGUGGAGAAACCUUCAGUGAACAUGCAGAUCUUAUCACACACGUGAGAACUCAGAGUGCAGGGAACACUUAUGUGUCCAGUCAUUAUGGAAAAGACUUUUUUACUCUGUACAAGGAAACCUCUACUGGAGAACAGUUUUCUGUGUUGAAUCGGUGUGGAAAAGGCUUUAGCCUAACUCCAGAUGUUGUUGACCAGAGAACAUGCACACAAGGCACAUCCUCUGACUUCAGUGACAGUGCAAAAGCAUUCCCUAAUCAGUCACAUCUGCAGACACAUAUGAGAACUCAUAGCAGGCAAGAUCUGUAUGAGUGGAAGCAGUAUGGGAGAGCUUUUACUAACCCCACAAGCCAUGUUGUGCCUGUUGAAAUACCCAUUCUAAAGAAUCCCCAGGUCUUUAGAUCUCCUUCUGACCUUAAAAUUCAUAUGCAAACCCAUACUGUCGGGAAGCCCUUUGAACUUAAGGAAUGUUUGAAAUCCUUCUCUAUUGCUUCCAACCUAACUGAACAUGAAAGAAUCCAUAUUGGAAUGAAAACUUAUGAAUGUAAGGAAUGCGGGAAAGCCUUCACUGGGCGCUCAGGCCUUUCUAAACACCUACAAACACACGCUGGAGAGAAGCCCUAUGCAUGUAAGGAAUGUGGGAAAGCCUACAAUAGGUUUUCUCUACUAACCGAACACUUGAAAACUCACACAAGGGAGAAGCCCUUUGAAUGUAUGGUGUGUGGAAAAUCUUUCAAAAAUUCCUCAUGCCUUAAUAAUCAUGUCCGAAUUCACACUGGACUAAAACCCUAUACAUGUAAGUACUGUGGGAAAGCCUUCACUGUGCGGUGUGGCCUUACUAGACAUGUACGAACUCACACAGGAGAGAAACCUUAUGAGUGUAAGGAGUGUGGGAAAGCUUUCUGUACAUCCUCUGGCCUUAUUGAACAUAUAAGAACUCACACUGGAGAAAAGCCCUAUGAGUGUAAGGAGUGUGGGAAAUCCUUCACUGUUUCUUCAAGCCUAACUGAACAUGUGAGGAUUCAUACUGGAGAGAAACCCUAUGAGUGUAACCAGUGUGGGAAAGCCUUCACUGGCCGCUCAGGUCUUACUAAACAUGAACGAACACACACUGGAGAGAAACCCUAUGAAUGUAAGGAAUGUGGGAAAGCCUACAAUAGGUUUUAUCUUCUAAACGAACAUUUAAAAACUCACACAGAGGAGAAGCCCUUUGAAUGUAUGGUAUGCAGAAAGUCCUUUAGAAAUUCCGCGUGCCUGAAUAAGCACAUUCACAUUCACACUGGAAUAAAACCAUAUGAGUGUAAGGAGUGUGGGAAGGCCUUUACUGUUUCUUCAAGCCUAACUGAACAUAUACGAACUCACACUGGGGAGAAGCCCUAUGAAUGUAAAGAAUGUGGAAAAGCCUUCACUACAUCCUCACAUCUUAUUGUGCAUGUACGAACUCACACUGGAGAGAAGCCUUAUAGAUGUAAAGAAUGUGGAAAAGCUUUCGCUUCAUCAUCACACCUUACUGAACACAUAAGAACUCACACUGGAGAGAAGCCAUAUACAUGUAAGGAAUGUGGAAAAGCCUUCCGUGCAUCCUCACACCUACGUAAACAUAUGAGAAUCCACACUGGACAGAAACCCUAUGAAUGUAGGGAAUGUGGGAAAGCCUACGAUAGAUUUUAUCUAUUAAAUGAACACUUGAUAACGUACAAUGACAAUAAACUUUUUGAAUGCAAGGAAUGUGGAAAAUCCUUUAGGAAUUCUUCAUGCCUUCAUCAUCACACUCAAAUUCACACUAAUGAGAAAGCUUACUAA